GUGUCCAAUCACGAGGCAGCACCGUAGGACACCGCCAAGAUUAGUUUGAUGGCUAACUCAACAAUAUAGCUGGGCUUGUAGUGGCUCGGCUAGUAGCUAACCUCCAUAGCGAGUUAGCUUAUAGCCUGGCUCACACUACCAUUAUCAUUCAUCACCAUCAUAAUUAUCAUCACUAACAGCCAGCACCUGCAGCGCUUUAAAGUAGCCGCAAAAGACAACAACAACAACAACAAAAAACUUAUAAUGAAGACGCGAAGUGUGGAAACAUAGCUGAGGGAAAGAAGACCAGAAGCAGAGACGUGCAGCGGAGAAGACGCUCUUGCGGCCUCUGCAAGAGCCAAACAUGAUGGCAAGAGAUGGUCUGAAAGAAACCAGUGGCGAGCUGAAGGUUUUCACCACUCAGAACGUGAGUCCUGGAGCAGGUGCCUUGGUGUCUCUCGUGACCGUCCAUCCUUCUUCCGUCACCGGAGUGAAGCAGAUAAUGCCUAAAGCCAUCGGUGGCCCCGGCCUCAACGUGCUUUCACACGUGGUGAUCGGCACUCCUCAGAGACCCACAGCUCCUGCUGGUGCCGCUCUGUUAACCAGUCCCAGAACUCCCAGUGCUCAGUUCCUCACACCACAGGCACACGUGCGACCCGAGUCCUCACCCUGGUCCAGUGGACGUGGCAGUAGAAGAGGGGACAAGAAUGGCAAAGGCUUGAGACAUUUCUCCAUGAAGGUGUGUGAGAAGGUCCAGAAGAAAGGCGUAACCUCUUACAAUGAGGUCGCGGACGAGCUGGUGACCGAGCUGAGUUCUGGAGACAACAUCUCUCCCAACGAAGCUCACGUUUAUGACCAGAAGAACAUCCGGAGGCGAGUAUACGAUGCACUAAAUGUCCUAAUGGCAAUGAACAUCAUCUCCAAGGACAAGAAGGAAAUCAAAUGGAUCGGGUUCCCAACCAAUUCGGCUCAGGAAUGCAAAGACCUGGAGGCUGAGCGCCAGAGACGACUUGAACGAAUCAAGCAAAAACAGUCUCAGCUUCAAGAGCUUAUACUACAGCAAAUCGCCUUCAAGCGUCUGGUGCAAAGGAAUCGUGAGGCCGAGCAGAAGAACCACAGACCUCCUCCCAACACCGUCAUUCACCUCCCCUUCAUCAUAGUCAACACCAGCAAGAAGACGGUCAUCGACUGCAGCAUCUCAAAUGACAAGUUCGAGUACCUGUUUAACUUCGACAACAUGUUCGAGAUCCAUGACGACAUCGAGGUCCUGAAGCGCAUGGGCAUGGCGCUCGGGCUCGAGUCGGGCAAAUGCACGGUGGAAAAUCUGAAGAUAGCCCGGACGCUCAUACCUAAAGCUUUGGAACCCUAUGUCACAGAUAUGGCACAGGGAGUUCUCAGACAACCUAACGGAGGCUAUUCUCGUACAAACAGUAAUAACAUAGCUGUUGCCACCGCGGCCUCCAGCUCCAACAGCUCGUACCAUGGCAGCUCUCGCGAUACUCCUGCAUCCUUUCUGGAAGACGAGGAGGAGGAUGAAGACGAGGACGAUGAGGACUUUGAUGAUGACGAUGAUGAAGAUUAACUUCUUGGGAUUGUCCCGCCCUUUGACGCAAGUCAGCACUGCCUGGUUCUUGUACUUCUGUGACCUUUGUAUCUUCUAGCCUUUAGAGUCUGCUAAGAAAAGUGCAGCUGCCUUGUCAAAGACCUCAGUGGUGCUUUGGAAAUAUAUAAUAUAAAGCCCCCCAUC